GGUUCAUAUGUGUCUUAUUAUUCUACACAUUUCACUUAUUGUUUUAGCCGGUCGAGAUUUCUAUGCCAUACUCAAUGUACCUAGAGAUGCAUCAACAAAACAGAUAAAAAAAGCUUACCGAAAGCUUGCCAUGGAAUUACAUCCUGAUAAAAAUCCAGAUAACCCCGAUAUAGAAGAAAAAUUCCAUGAUUUGGGAGCAGCCUACGAGGUUCUAUCAGAUCCAGAUAAAAGGAAAACGUACGACAGACACGGCGAAGAAGGUUUGAAAGAUGGCGGAAUGAAGCAUGGUGACCCAUUCUCAAGUUUUUUUGGAGAUUUUGGUUUUGGUGGAUUUCAUUUCGGUGGGGGUGGUGGUCACAAUGAUGAUAUUUCUGUACAGGUUGUACGUUACAAACCAGUAUACAGAACGGCCGCAGGUUUCAGAAAAUGUAAUUGCAGACAGGAAAUGCAAACUAUUCAAUUAGGACCUGGUAGAUUUCAAAUGACACCGAGAGACGUGUGCGAUGAGUGCCCAAAUAUGAAAUUAGUCACAGAAGAAAAAUUACUGGAGAUAGAAAUAGAACCAGGAAUGAGAGACGGUCAUGUGUACCCAUUUUUAUCAGAAGGUGAGCCGCACAUAGAUGGUGAACCAGGUGAUCUAAGGUUUAUUAUUAAACAAGCAAAACAUCCAGUUUUUGAGCGAAAAAAUGAUGAUUUAUACACCAAUGUUACAAUUAACUUACAAGAUGCUUUAGUUGGGUUUGAAAUGGACAUUACACAUUUAGAUGGCCACAAGGUAUGGAUUAUCUCCACCUUUUCACAACCAAAAGGUGAAGGAAUGCCUAAUUUUGAGAAUAAUAAUAUAGUUGGUAUACUGUAUAUUACGUUUGAUGUAGAAUUCCCUAAGGGUGAACUUACAGAUGAACAAAAAAAACAUGCUGUGGAACUUUUACAAAUGUCAUCGGAUCAGAAAGUGUACAAUGGACUACAAGGAUAUUGAUAUUGCAAUGUAUUUUACAACUGUUUUAUAGAUUCCUAUGUUAUACAUCCAAACUUGUUUUCACUGCUUAUCCCUAAUUAACUAUCUGAGAGACAAAAAAGUUUUAAAAGUCUGAGAAAAUCACAGAAAUUGAGCAGGAUGUCAAAUUACUUUUCUGAAAUUUUGUAGUUAUGAUACCAUCUAGUGGCACAAGUAAACACCAAGCCAACAAAAAAAAGUGUUGUUUCUUCUCCCAUAUGGUUUUUUAAGAGAAUUUACUUCCUAAAAGCAAGAUCUAUGUUCAAUGUUGAUCGUUUAUUAUAUACAUGUUUUUGAAUUCAUGCGUUAUCUAUCAUAUUUGAUUUGGAUAUAAAGCAUUCUUUGAAACAAACACAUGACCUCAGAAUAUGCAGAAUAUUUCCUCAUUCUACCAUAUGUGGUGCACGUAAUUGCAAAAAAAAUCAAUUAUGCCAGCCAAGGAGGAGAGGUAAAACAUUUUUUUGUUCUUAUAUAGUGUUUCUUUAUUUCAAAAAAGUUUCAAAGACUUUCAAGCCCUGUUAUAAAAAUGUCAGUACUGUAAAUUCUGUAUUAGAAACCGCGGCUUCUAUUAAAAUGGUACAAUGCAAUAGAGGGGAUGCGACUUCUAUUAGAGCAUCUACACAUAUGAGAAAUGAUGAAUUUUUGGUUCUCAAUUUUUCAAAAAGAAUGGGUGCGACUUCUAUUAGGGAUGUGGCUUCUAAUACAGAUUUUACGGUAAUAUGUUCACAGCUCUAAAUUUUUGUGUUUUUCCAUGAUUCGUAAAAAUUUGUCACUCGCAGAAUUGCGAUUUACAUAGUGUAACCCACAAUAUGCUGUGUGGAUCUGAUACAUGCGGAUGGCAAUGUGUUAGGGUGGUUCUAAUUUCAAUACAUGCCUUUAUUUUCAUCACAAAUUGAAAAUGUGGUUUAGAUAUAUGGUAGGCCUAGAAUUUUCCAAGAUCUGCAACUGAUUCGCUGAUUGAAAAUUGUACCACAAAUUUGUCUAGAUUGACAAUACAUUGAGGACAAAUUGAAUUAAAAAAACUUUAAUUUUGAUGAGAACAAUUUUCUUUUUAGUACAACACAAUUUAGGUUUGCUCCUUGGAACUAGCUGACAAUCUAUGAAAUGAAUCUGCAUAAUUUUUUCUAUUUUUUGUCCAAACUUUUGAUAAACAUCGAUUUGGUCCAAAGUUGUGAAGAAAUUAUAGAAAAAUGUUAAAUCAAAAUUUUAGCGGGCAAAAUGUUGUUUAUAAAUAUGGUCACAUAUGUUGAUACCGAUAUUACUGGUAUAUAUAAUUUGUUGACAAUAUCCUCAAAUUCGUGUCUUUAAUAAUAAAUACAAUAUUAUUUAAUAACUUUCUGAAAAACUGUCUGCAAUUUAGUCAUCUACAAGUGUACUUUUCAUAUUUUUUUUAAAUUUUACUAUUCACUUUGUUAGUGUGCCUAAUAUUAAAGGCCGGUAGUUGUCGCGUCGCGUCGCGUCCUGUUCAAUUUAAGACCCAACGCGACUUGCAUAACAUGUGUAAAAUGCAUUAGUUUACAUCAAAUAUAAAUACACUGCACGACAACCACCACACUUUAACAAUUUUUUUCCUCUAUUUUAGUAUUUCGGAAAAUAAUAGCAAUGCUUUUUAAUAAUUUUAAUGACAUAAUUUAUUUCAAUUUUCACAGGAAUCAGGUACUUUUAUGUUAAGUGUCUAACACUAGGCAUUUUCUUUCUAGCUUAUUUAUUUAGAGCUUGUAUGUGUACCUUGUAGAUAGACUGUGUCAACGAUUCCACACAAAAUGUUACUGAUCAAAGAACUUGUAUACAAAUACAUUGUAUAAUAAAAUGUUAUUAUCAAAAA